AUGGCUCCUGAUCUUCCCAGAACCUUGCCUGCAUCGUGGUACACGAGCCAAGAGCUCUACGACCUGGAACGCCGCGCCGUCUUCUUCAAGUCAUGGUACCUGUUAGGCCCUGUCACUCGCUUCCACGAAGACAAUGUCGUCUACGAGGUCGCCCAGGUUCCAGUCUACGUGACUCGCACCGAGAACGGGGACUUGAAAGUCCUGUUGCAGGAAACGAAUCAAGAAGUGCGCAGCCGGACCACGUCGACGGGGCUCCUCUUUGCUACCAUCUCGGCCGACGCUCCCGACUUCGAUGACUUCUUCCCAGAUCUUGAGCCCCUGCUCUCUCGUGUUGACUUCACCAAGCUUCCGCACCGCCGUAGUCUCAAGUACGAGGGCCGUUUCAACUGGAAAACCAUGGUCGAUGGCUACCAGGAGUGUCUGCAUUGCCAGUACACUCACCCCUCCUUUUCCGUCUACUAUCCUCCCACCUUCUACUCGGUCAAGAACUUCAAGAACUUCUCCCAGCACAUUGCUGACCCCAAGAAGCCCGACGAUGGCCUGUUCCUCUACUUCUUUCCGAACUGCACCCUCAACGUCUAUGGCGGUGGAAUGAGCUCCUUCCGCGUCUGCCCUACUGAAGACCCAAAUGUCACGCGCAUGGAGUUCGACUACUACCACAUGGAGUCGGGCGAAAAAUUCGAGGAGUACUUCAAAUUUGUGCGACAAGUUGCCCUCGAGGAUUAUGAGCUCUGCGAGAAAGCUCAGGCCAAUCUGGAGAAAGGUGUCUACGCUGAGGGUAUUUUGAACCCCAACAAAGAAAAUGGCGUGGCCUACUACCAAGGUCGGGUUCUAGAGAUGGUUUUCGAACAGCAUAAUCUCGACCAGCAGGCCGUCGAGAUGAUUGGUGGUCCAGUAGCGAACUAUUCGAGUUGGAGCGUCGUGCAAUCUUCAGCAAGAGGGCGCCUUGUCAAGGCCCCUGCAUUCGAGGAUAUCGAGAGCUUUGACAAGAGCCAGAACGGACUUUUCGAAAUCCAUACUCACACUACUCGUCAAGGUUUUGUAUUCGUGAACUUGAGCUGCGAGGCAGUUUCAACGCCGAAUUUCAAAGUCGUUGACGUCUUGGCUAAGAGUUGGGGCAUUUCCGAGAGGUCCGCUCCCCUGGCCCAGCUCGACUUCGACGAAGACAUCAACUGGAAGCAAGCGAUACAUCACAUGGAGAGCUCUGGCUUCGCCGCCAACAUCGUCCCCAGUGCAUGGUUGGGCAUUACUUCCAAGAUGCCCUUCCUCUCCACCAUCGCUGCCCAAGGCGCGCACUCGAUCCUCGACCCCUACGGUAUGAGCUCCCUUCAUGUCGCUUCGAGCGGGCGCUUCUGGUACACCUUGUCCGCCUCGCCCACAUCCGCCGCCCGGACCGCCUUUACGUGCCAUAUCUAUCUGAACUGGCCCGGCGACAACGCGCAGGCUGAUGUUGCCAUCCAGGCCAUUCAGGAUGAAGUCCAAGCGCUGCUAGGUGCUGCCAGAUCUCCGGCACCAAUGAAGCCGCUUGAUGCUGCGGCCGGACGUGGACUUCAGGAGGGAAUCUUGGACGAGAUGACGAAGCACUUGAAGGAGGAAAGAAGAGAAGGCAAGGAAGUGUGGCCGGCGAGCAGAGAAUCAUCUGUCAGUGAGAAGUAUAGUCAGGCUGAUCUUCUGUGCAAGCAAUUGAGCUGCCUGAAAACUACGACGCGCCCAGACUUGGGCCUGUGGGAAAAACUAGGGCCGCGCAGCGAGCUCGAUUGGUAG